CUGGAUACAAACAUAAAAGACCUGGCUUGACGUUAUGUUGUCUCUACGCCCAUACUCUCCCGCGCACGCAGUGAAAUGCCAUUUCUCUCACGGAAAGAAACGGAGCUCCGAUGCAUGAUGCCACCAGCAGAGUGGGUCCAGACGGACUUAAGUAGUAUGCCUACUGCAAGAUCGAGUCCGAAUAAGCUGAAAUUUUAUAAAAGAAGAUCCUCGCAGCCGUCGAAGGCUAGUCUGGUGAAGAAAGUGGCAACGUUGUCAUCGCAGGCAGUCCGAACUUUAUGCAGCGGUUUCAGUGCAUUGGCAUUUCUCCUAAUUAAACAACUCGAGGAGCCUGUUUGAUUCGUCACAAAGAUAGCAAUCGGAUCAAGUGAACGCGAAAACUCCAAACUACUAUCGGGUUUAGUGAUUUUACGCAAGGUGAAAGAACUAUACAGAAAUGUAUGAAUAAUUCAUGUCCAUUGGGAGCAAUUUUCGCAACGGGAUCAAAAUGAUGUCUACGGCUGGAAAAUUUGAGUGUAAAAGGCAUAUGCAUAUGGAACAAAUUAUUUACAACAAGUAAUAACAGUAAUCAGUGAGCGGAACGCUGGGCGCGAAAAGAGAAAUGAUUCAAACCGUUUGAACUUGAACCAGAGGGUGUCCAACGGGUGAAGAAAAUUGAGCUUAGCGUAGUUAGUAAACAUCCGUGACUGGUGCAACAAUGGAUUAUCGGCAGUUAACGUUCACGCUACUCUUCAUAUGCUCCACAAUAGCAGUGGAAAUUUCGAACCCUAGUGGUUUGGACUCAGCAAGUAGUCAGGAUCUCACCAACACGGCUCGUCCAUUUACCAAUGAUGAUCAGCUGCCCAAACUUCGCCGCCAAAAACGUCAAGAUAUCGAAAUACAUCGUGUCAUUAAAAGGAGACCAAAGCUUCCCCCUCCAAUCCCACGAGGUCGGAAACCACGGCCGCCAAGAAGACCACCGAAACCAAAAACAAAAUAUGGACCGCCCAAUGUAAACUUUCCUCCACUGAAUCACUACAACCCGCAAAGUUACGACAAUUCGUUUAGCACCAGCUUCGAAACCACAUUCCAGGAACAAAAUUCUUUCGGUGAACCUCCCAAUACCUACGGAAACCCGCUUCAUCCGUCGCCUGCAUUUGGCUCACCACCAUUUGCUUAUGGACAAGGUACGAUACACUAUCAAGGGUCAUCCUUCGGAAAACCAAGCUUUGAGAGUGCAAGCUUCGAAGGAUUUGGAAAACCCACAUUCAGUUCAUCCUCUAGUAUAGAAGAAUACGAUUUGUCCAAAUUUCCAGGAAUAACAGGAAACCCAUCAGCCAAGUUUCCAUCCGGUAGAAUUCCAAACUUUGGCGGAUCUUCACAAUCUUCAUCCAGUAACAAGCCUUCCUACCAUUCAACCCCACCAUUCCCAGGAGGUGGACCGCCUACAUUCGGUAACAAUAAAUCACCACCCUAUCAAUUAUCAUCAUUCCUGGGAAGCGGAUCGAAUUUCAAUUCCCAUAGAGAUAUAUCGGCCUAUAGUCAACUAACGGAAGUAGAUGGUCCAAAGCACCAGUUCCCUCUGGAAGGUUAUACUAAGGAUCCGUAUAAAACACCAUUAACAUCCUACGAAGUCCCACUGACACAUACACAAUCACACUUGUUUGAGCCCGACAAAGAUUAUGACUCUAGUUUCAAAAGGCCUCAAAACACAUACUUAAGUAGUAGUGUACCGUCGACGCAUAGUACAUCUCAUAGCUCAACCGACGACGACGACGAUGAAGAAGAAUACUACCCUAGUCUUCCAAAUCGCUACGAACAGGAGCAGUUCCACAAUCCUUCAAAGUCAAAUCCUAACAAAGUUUUGACCAGCUCAAUACAAACCAUUACAGAUAAUGAUCCGUUCAGCAGUGGGAACUCGUACUUCGAUGGUGUAUCAGAAUCUCAGAAAGUAUCAGUAAAAACCACGAAACCUACAGAGGAAAGCUUGACAUUAGAUAACCUUUACAAAUCAACAACCAAACGGAACAAAAGCCGUCGAAAGAAAAAACCGAAACCAGUUGUUCCUCCCGUUGGUCACAAUUUAGAUACGGAUGAUUUACGCGACGCAUUCGGAUCAAGCUCAGAUUUCCAUCAAGUUGCAAUCGACGCCGACGAGUUUCUGGAGUUUGAACCCCAAAAACAUAUGAAACACUCAAAACCAGUGGGAGUAACCAUGAACCGUGAUGAAGACAAAGCGCCCGUCAACUUUGUGUUGCUGUCAUCGCAGAAUAAGGGAAAUGGAGGUAAACCCAGGAGGUAUAGACAUCCACCCCACAACCCGGACAGUACAACACACUCGGAAGGUUUACCGGCAUCAGAUUUCAAAACGCUUGAUCUGAAUUAUUUCAAGACAAUGGAAACAAAGCCGAAACCUACUGUGUCCAAACCUAUUGGUCUGGAGGAUGUGAAUAUUCUUUCGAUACAGAAAUCAAAAUCUAAAAGCUAUUACGGCGGUACGAGCAAUAAAGAACCCGUGUUUUAUAAGGAAUUUCUACCAUCACGCCGCUUCUACAGGGCUGCUUUAGACUACGAAAUGCUGGACGCCGACGACGAUGCGAUUGAUGUUAAACCAUUUAUAGAUACUGUAUAGAGUCCUCGAUACCUAACAAGUACAAGGAUAGGCACUACCCAGAUAAACUACGAAACGGAAAUCGAUCGACAUUCGCAUGGCUGGCAAACUGUGAAUAGUAAUUAGUGAAUAAUUUGAAUAUUUAUUGUUGUUGUUAUCGAAUUAAACAAUUGUUACGAAAA